CAGUGUGCUCUUGCCGCUGGUGUGUGUGAGGGGAGAUGAGUAUUAUGGUCUGUAGGUUGCGAGGUAACUAUGCAGAGUCGAGCGAGGGAGGGGGAAGCGUGCCUAGGAUUAUUAUGGGAUGUCUCGUCACCCCCCUGGUUUCUUUGUGUGUAUGUGAGGAUGUUAGCUUCUGGUCAGUGACGCUGGGGAUAGGGGAGAAGAGUGGACGACGUGUCCCAAACAUUUGCACCUUUAAAGGGAUUUUUUAUACGUAUUAUUUGUCGUCAUAGGUUCUCAGCUCCAGCGUUUGACUUGAGGAUUCGCGACGGACUGAUCGUACGGUGGACUAUCUACACCUUGGACUGACCUGAGUCCAGACGUUUCCCUAAGCAUUAUGUCGGGGAGUGAAGUGGACCGGGAACAUUUUGGACCCGCGAGAGAUGAUGAAGAUGAACCGAUCUCCGAGCCAGAAACACCCAAAUCCAAAAAAAAGAAGAAAGCGAAAAAGAGCCGGGAAAGCAGAAGCAGCAAACGACAGAAAGUCCUCCGAGAGGAAAUUCCUGUCAGCUCUCCUGAAGCCAUGGAAGCCAUCAGGAUGGUAGCAGGGGAGGAGGAGGAGGACAGUAUGAUGCGAUCCGAGAGCGAAGGAAGUGACUAUGCGCCCAGCAAGAAGAAGAAAAAGAGGUCAAGCUCCUCUAAGGAGAGGAAGAAGGGAGGUUCAGCUGGGGAGAAGGCUGGCUGCUCAUCUGGAGGGAAAAGCAAACGUAAAGAUCCAGAGCCGGAGGAGGAAGAUGAUGAUGAUGACGACGAUGACGGGCAGGAGCCCAAGUCUUCCUCUCAGCUAUUAGCAGAUUGGGGAAUGAAAGACAUUGACUACUCCUUCACCCAGGAGGACUACACUUCUCUCACCAAUUAUAAAGCUUUCAGCCAGUUUGUCAGGCCUCUUAUAGCUGCUAAGAACCCUAAGAUUCCCGUAUCAAAGAUGAUGAUGGUUUUGGGAGCAAAAUGGAGGGAGUUCAGCACUAAUAAUCCCAUGCGGGGCUCGGCGAGUGCCAACGCCGCCCUUGCAGCUGCCAACGUAGCUGCUGCGGUGGAGAGUAUGGUGACCAGAGUGGAUGGAGGAGGGGCUGCCCCGAUGGCCCCGCCCACACCAAUAGCAGCUCCUGCUGCACCGCCUCCUCCACCCGCGCCCCCAGCAGUCCCCCUGCGGAAAGCCAAGACCAAAGAGGGCAAAGGUCCAAAUGCACGUAGGAAAUCCAAGCCCACCCCAAAGCCCCAGGACAAGAAGUCUAAAGCCAAGAAAGUGGCCCCACUCAAGAUUAAACUGGGCAACUUCAAGAGAAAGCGUUCCUCUAGCGGUGAGGAGGAUGAGGGUGAGAGUGACUUUGACAGUUUUUCUGUCAGUGAUGGUUCCAACAGUCGAGCCAGUCGCUCCAAGAGUAAGAAAUCCAAAAGCUCUAAGAAAAAGAAGAAAUUGGAUGAGGAUGCUGAUGGUUACGAGACAGACCAUCAGGACUACUGUGAGGUGUGUCAGCAGGGAGGUGAGAUCAUUCUGUGUGACACCUGUCCACGAGCCUAUCACAUGGUAUGUCUAGACCCAGACAUGGAGAGAGCCCCUGAGGGCACAUGGAGCUGCCCACACUGUGAGAAGGAGGGCAUUCAAUGGGAGGCUCGUGAGGAGAGCUCGGAAGGGGAGGAGGAGAAUGAUGACGGCAGGAGGGAUGAAGGAGAGGUCGAAGAGGAGGAUGAUCAUCAUAUGGAGUUUUGUCGGGUGUGUAAGGAUGGAGGCGAACUGCUGUGCUGCGACACCUGCCCCUCGUCCUAUCAUUUACACUGUCUAAACCCGCCCUUCCCAGACAUACCCAAUGGAGAGUGGAUCUGUCCUCGAUGCCUGAGCGCUCCACUGAAAGGCAAAGUGCAGAAAGUUCUCACAUGGCGCUGGGGUGAAGCCCCUCCCCCUAUGCCUGUACCCCGCCCUGCAGACCUCCCAGCCAAUGCUCCCGAUCCUCCUCCUAUGAUUGGACGUAAGGAGAGGGAGUUCUUUGUGAAGUGGUGCAACAUGUCUUACUGGCACUGUUCCUGGGUCCAAGAACUACAGUUGGAGCUGAACUGUCAGGUAAUGUUCCGCAACUACCAGCGAAAGACUGAUAUGGAAGAGCCCCCCAAUCUAGAACUUGGUGCUGAGGGAGACGAAGAUAAGAGCACAAAGAGGAAGAAUAAAGAUCCCGUCUACGCCCGCAUGGAAGAUCAGUUUGGACGAUUUGGAGUGAAACUGGAGUGGCUCCUCAUCCACCGAGUCUUAAACCACAGCGUGGAUAAGAAGAAUAACGUUCACUACCUCGUCAAAUGGAGGGAUUUGCCAUACGAUCAGUCUUGCUGGGAGUCUGAGGACAUGGACAUACCUGACUACGAGACUUACAAACAGCAAUACUGGAACCACAGGGAACUGAUGCUUGGAGACGAAGGCAGACCAGGUAAAAAGAUGAAGAAGGUGAAAGUUAAGAGGGUGGACAGACCUCCUGUUAAUCCUGUUGUGGAUCCCACCAUAAAAUUCGACAGGCAGCCGGAGUAUCUGGACGCUACAGGCGGCACGCUUCACCCGUACCAGCUGGAAGGGCUGAACUGGUUGCGUUUCUCGUGGGCUCAGGGCACAGACACCAUCUUGGCCGAUGAGAUGGGUCUCGGAAAGACCGUUCAGACCGCCGUCUUUCUCUACUCGCUUUACAAAGAGGGCCACUCGAAGGGGCCGUUCCUGGUGAGUGCCCCGCUUUCCACCAUCAUUAACUGGGAGAGGGAGUUUGAGAUGUGGGCACCCGACAUGUAUGUGGUCACUUACGUGGGUGAUAAGGACAGCAGAGCUGUCAUACGGGAAAACGAAUUCUCCUUUGAGGACAACGCCAUCCGCGGCGGAAAGAAAGCCUCCAAAAUGAAAAAAGAGGCUUCUGUGAAGUUCCACGUGCUGUUAACAUCUUAUGAGCUAAUUACGAUCGAUCAAGCCAUCCUGGGCUCCAUUGACUGGGCUUGUCUAGUUGUGGAUGAAGCCCACAGGCUGAAAAACAACCAGUCAAAGUUCUUUCGUGUGUUGAAUAAUUACCCGCUCCAGCACAAGCUGCUGUUGACAGGCACUCCUUUACAAAACAACCUGGAGGAGCUCUUCCAUCUUCUCAACUUCCUCACGCCUGAGAGAUUUAAUAACCUGGAUGGCUUCUUGGAGGAGUUUGCUGACAUAGCUAAAGAAGACCAGAUUAAGAAACUGCACGACAUGUUGGGUCCACACAUGCUCAGGCGACUCAAAGCUGACGUCUUUAAACACAUGCCCUCCAAGACCGAGCUCAUCGUGAGGGUGGAGCUCAGCUCAAUGCAGAAGAAGUACUACAAGUAUAUCCUGACACGCAACUUUGAAGCUUUGAACACUCGUGGUGGCGGAAACCAGGUGUCUCUGCUCAAUGUGGUUAUGGACCUGAAGAAGUGCUGUAACCACCCCUACCUCUUCCCUACAGCUGCUAAUGAAGCUCCUAAAAUGCCCAAUGGCAUGUAUGAUGGUGGUGCCCUCACAAAGUCUUCUGGGAAGCUGUUUCUUCUGUGUAAGAUGCUGAAGAAACUAAAGGAGGGUGGACAUAGAGUGCUUAUAUUCUCACAGAUGACAAAAAUGUUGGACUUACUGGAAGAUUUCCUUGAAAACGAGGGAUACAAGUAUGAGAGGAUAGACGGAGGUGUGACUGGAGGGAUGAGACAGGAAGCCAUUGAUCGGUUUAAUGCUCCUGGGGCUCCACAGUUUGUUUUCCUCCUGUCCACCAGAGCAGGUGGUUUGGGCAUCAAUUUGGCAACCGCUGACACCGUCAUCAUCUAUGACUCUGACUGGAACCCACACAACGAUAUUCAGGCAUUUAGCAGAGCGCAUCGUAUCGGGCAGAAUAGGAAGGUGAUGAUCUAUCGGUUUGUCACAAAAGCAUCUGUGGAGGAGAGAAUCACGCAGGUGGCAAAGAAGAAGAUGAUGUUGACCCACCUGGUGGUGCGGCCAGGUUUGGGCUCCAAGGCUGGAUCCAUGUCCAAACAGGAAUUGGACGACAUCUUGAAGUUUGGCACGGAGGAGCUUUUUAAAGAUGAGAUCUUAGAAGCUAUGACCACAGGCCGACCACAACGCGACAAUAAAGAAGAGGACAGCUGUGUGAUCCACUAUGAUGACAAAGCAAUCGAUCGAUUGUUGGACAGGAACCAAGAUGCAACGGAUGACACUGAGCUGCAGAGCAUGAAUGAAUAUCUCAGCUCCUUUAAAGUGGCUCAGUAUGUUGUGAAAGAUGAAGAUGAGGAGGAGGAGGAUGUGGAUAGGGAGAUCAUUAAGCAGGAGGAGAGUGUCGAUCCGGAUUACUGGGAGAAACUAUUGCGGCAUCAUUAUGAGCAGCAGCAGGAGGAUCUGGCGCGUCACCUGGGCAAAGGCAAACGCCCACGCAAACCCGUCAACUACAACGACUGUUCACAGGAGGACAGAGGUAGUAGACGGGGAGAUUGGCAGGAUGAUCAGUCUGAUAACCAGUCAGAUUACUCGGUGGCUUCAGAAGAGAAUGAUGAGGACUUUGAUGAACGAUCUGAAGCUAACUCAAGAAGGCCCAGUCGCAAAGGCUUGAGAAACGAUAAAGACAAACCACUGCCGCCCUUGCUGGCCAGAGUUGGAGGCAACAUUGAGGUGUUGGGUUUCAAUGCCCGUCAGAGGAAGGCAUUCCUGAAUGCAGUGAUGCGUUAUGGGAUGCCGCCACAGGAUGCGUUCACCACCCAAUGGCUUGUUCGAGACCUGCGGGGCAAGUCAGAGAAAGAGUUUAAGGCGUAUGUGUCCCUAUUUAUGCGUCACCUGUGUGAGCCGGGUGCAGACGGGGCAGAAACCUUCGCUGACGGUGUGCCACGGGAAGGCCUGUCACGACAACACGUUCUCACGCGCAUAGGUGUGAUGUCACUGAUUCGCAAGAAGGUACAAGAAUUUGAGCAUGUCAAUGGUCAGUGGUCAAUGCCCUGGAUGAAAGAACUGGAGGAAAACAAGAGAGCGGCAGCCAUCGCGGCGGGAGAGGAUCCAAAAACGCCUUCUUCUGGAACACCUGCUGAUACUCAGCCCAACACACCAGCAGGAGAAGAUCUUUCCAAGAGUGAAGAAGCAGUCAAAGAGCCGGAGGAGAAGACCGAAGCAGACCGAGAGAGGGAAAUGAAAGGCUCCAGACAGGAGGAUGAGAUCAUUGAGAUUCCUGAUGAAGGUGAGAAAUCCCCCAGUCCACCAAAGAAAGAGGAGAAAACGGAGGCCGUAUCUCCGUCGAGGGAGAAGGACGGAGGGAGCAGAGAGGGAGAAAGAGAGAAAGACGAGAGUUCAGAGGCCACAAGCAGCACAGACAAAACCAAAGAUGAAUCUUCUGAUGAGAAAAUGGACACCAGCUCAGCUAGAGAAGAGAAGAAAGAGCUGAAAGAGGAGAAGGAUGGAGUGAAAUCAGAAGAAUCCACUAAGCUGCAAAAUGGAGACAAUGCCAAAGAGACGAGCGGAGGAGGGGAUGGAGUGAGUGAAGAGAAGAAGAAAGCAGUGAAGCAGAGGUUCAUGUUUAACAUCGCAGAUGGCGGUUUCACAGAGCUUCACUCACUCUGGCAGAAUGAAGAGCGAGCUGCCACGGUCACCAAGAAAACGUAUGAGAUCUGGCAUCGUCGCCAUGACUACUGGCUGCUGGCCGGUAUCAUACACCACGGCUACGCUCGCUGGCAAGAUGUGCAAAAUGACCCGAGGUUCGCCAUCCUCAACGAACCCUUUAAAGGAGAGAUGAGCCGCGGAAACUUCCUCGAGAUUAAAAACAAGUUUCUUGCUCGAAGGUUUAAGCUGUUGGAACAGGCUCUGGUGAUCGAGGAGCAGCUCAGACGCGCUGCAUAUCUGAACAUGACCGAGGACCCAUCUCACCCCUCCAUGGCGCUCAACACACGCUUCAGUGAGGUGGAGUGUCUGGCGGAGUCACACCAACACCUCAGCAAAGAAUCAAUGUCAGGAAACAAGCCCGCUAAUGCAGUACUGCACAAAGUUCUGAAACAACUGGAGGAGCUGCUCAGCGACAUGAAGGCCGACGUCACGCGUCUCCCUGCAACCAUCGCUCGGAUACCGCCUGUCGCUGUGAGGCUACAGAUGUCUGAGAGAAGCAUUCUUAGCCGGCUAGCCAGCCGAGGGUCGGAAGUCACACAGAUGCAGGCGCCACGUUGAUGUCCUCCGGAUGAAAUAUUCAGCCCUACCUCCCAUUACUUCAGUCAUGAUGAGGAAUCACAUGACAUAUUUACAUACAGCACACAUGCAGACAUACACCUGGGUCAGGUGAUCAAAUGCUUUGUGUAUAUAUAUAUAUACAUAUAUAAAAACAAGGUCAAGCUGCUCCAUCAGUUGGGGAGUGGAGUGGUCUCUAGCUAGCACACUGUGGCUCCCUUAAAUUUCCUGUAAACUCCUAUAGAUGUAGAGUCAUUCCAUCUCUUCCAGUAGGAUUCAUUGGGCACACACACCUGAUGACCUUAGAGGUCAUUUCAAGCCUGUUGAAAUACACAGAACUCGGAUCAUUCGCCAAUCCAUUUCAGGUUUUUCAGGUCACUUUUAAACUUGUAGUCUAAACAGGGCCGGGUUAAAACAUCGGUGUGGAUUCUGCCUUGAAUGGAUUGGAGUGAAAGCUUUGAGAGAUCUUUGCAGUGGAAACCCUUUCCUCCUCAGGUGUGCAUUCUUUUGUCACUCACACUAGUUGAAUCCCUGUUUUCUGCACCAAUCUGUUUGAGCUCGAAAACGUGAUGCGGUUUUCAUCUGUACAGUCAUCUGUUUGACACGGAUUAAAGGGUUUUCGCAGAUGUCAACGCAUACCAACUCUUAUGAUAAGGCCAUCAAAUGACCUUUCAUUCCUGUAGAUGUAAAGAAAUGUAUAAAAAUGUUCAUCAUGAAAAUUGUUCAAAUUCACUUUGUUCCAUGUUCAACAUUGUUUCUGAAUUAAUUUUGUGUUUUAAAAGCAUGCAUUCUAAGACCUGACUCCUGAAUGAUGUAAUAUGAAGUUCCCGAAGACAGAUUUUCUUUAUAAUUUAAUGUCUAACUUUACACUUUUAAGAGUUUUGAAUAUCUCACUUUGUAAUGAUCACCGUUAUCCUGUUGUUAUGUCUUUUCUUUCAGUUAUUCAGACCUGCAAUAAAAAGGUAACACAUUGUGA